AUGGGAUGCGAUGGUGGUACUAUUCCUCGGAGAGAUGAACUCGUACGAACGAAAAAAAAGCCUGAACAGGUCGAACGCGAUGUUGCGAUCGCAGCUAAAUGGGAGUAUUGCACGUUAAGCCAACAGAAGCUCAGGGAACCGAUCGUAGCCUGUCGGCUUGGAAGGUUGUAUAACAAAGAAGCUGUCCUCGAAGCACUGCUGAAGAAAGGCAGCGGAGUUAUCGAGGGUGCGGAGCAUAUUCAGCAUUUGAAAGACGUAAAAGAACUUAAAUUGACGAGGAAUCCAGCUUACGAUGCCAAUCGAAUUGACAAGGGCGGCGAGUACAGUGACAACAAUAUAGCGCCGUACAUUUGCCCAAUCGUAGGCAUAGAAAUGAAUGGAAAAUAUCGGUUUUGCGUAAUUUGGUCCUGCGGGUGUGUGCUGUCAGAGAAAGCGUUGAAAGAAGUCAAGUCGGAUGGCUGUAAUAAGUGCGGAAAAAGCUACACACCUGACAGCGUGGUAGUCAUUUAUGGCACGGAUGAAGAAGUUAAUUGUUAUAAGGACAGGUUGUGUGCAGCACAAUCUGCUGGUCCUUCAGUUAAACGAAAAGUUCGCGAAGAAGCAUUUGAUUCUGGCCUUCCGUCGACAUCAAAGCAGAACGAUGUAAAAAAAUUUAAAUCAAUUCAGGAGAAUGGCAAAGUCAGUGAAGUGUACAAAUCCUUGUUCACUACGUCGGAAGCCGCCAAGAAUCAUCCCACCGCUCACUGGAUUACGUAUAAUCCGCUGUACUAUUGA